UUCCCGUGAACCCUCCUCAUCGCGUAUUACGACUAAAUAUAUUGAGGUGUUAUUGUGCUUUUUAAAAGUGUUUUAAAUAAUGUGAAUGAUGGUUUAGUGUGUGACAUUCUAAAAAUGGUCGUGUUACUGAUCUUUGGCCUGUUUAUUGCCCGCAGUGUAUGCCACACGAUAACAUUCUUGGACGUUCCACGUUGGGCAGACCCGAGAAUAGAAGCCGAGUUGCGUUGUCAUUACGCGAAACAACCACUCGAUCCUCCGCUUCACUCCGUCAAGUGGUACAGAGGCACACACGAGAUAUUCAGAUACACACCACAAGAAUACGAAACACGAGCCUUCAACAGCAGCGGGGUCUCCGUGACGAACAGCUCUUGUGACACUUUUGCUUGUGUUAUCACCAUAAAACCUGAACCCGGUACUGCGAAGUACACUUGUGAGGUUUCCAGCGAGGGCCCCAGAUUUGCGGUGGACAGAAAAUCGGCUAACAUGACAUUAGGUGUGUUACCUGAAUAUGAGCCACUGAUAACUGGUCUUCCCACAUUCGUGAAUGCGGGCGAACAGGCACUCGUCAACUGCACAUCUGACUAUUCACUGCCAGCUGCUACAAUAGACUGGUUCGUGGAUUCUGAACCUCAGGAGGAUCCAGUUAUAACCGGCGAGACUCAUGUCUCGGGUGCAGACGGUGACGGUCUCCGUGCAUCGUGGAGGACUCUACACGUAUAUCCCGACGACUACUCCACGCAUCGGGGUUUCCUCGCCCUGCAGUGCCGUGCGACACUGCCUACGCGGCCACCUCACGUCCGUAGCAUGGCCGUACGGCUUUAUGUCGCGAGUCGACCUCACAUAUCAUCUUAUAUGUUAAGUAAAAAUAAUGCUGUAGGGAAAAAUAACGCAAUCAGAUUACAGAACGAUCUGUGUCUAUGGACGUUAUUAUUGCUCGGGAGAAAACUUGUGCCUUGUCUAGUGAAAUAAAUGUAUGACUGAAUAAACGAAUUACUAUGGACUUAAGUUACGUAAUGCUGUGGACGUAAUAUAGAUAUAAUAUAUGUAUAUUUAAUUAAA